AGGACGGAGGGAGCCGGAUCGGCGUGAUCGUGCAUUACCAACCUAGACCAUAGAAAUAUGUCAGGACUUUUCGAGAAUUCUAUAAUAUCACUGAAAGAAAGAGAGGUUCAGUUGUUAUUAUCGUAUGUUCAUUUUCGCGUAGGGAUAUAACGUAUGAGUUUGGUCGGAAGGUUUCGGUUUUAAGAUCGUUUUACGCGGUCGGAAUCAUUCGCAUAAUUCGAUUUUGUAGGUUCUCAUUGAGUCCAGCUUCUUGACUCCUCGGGGGCCAUAAUUCUUCUUGCCAUUGCCCCGUUUGGUUGAACUAGAAUGUGACUUCUGACCGUACAGCGGGGAAAAGAUGAAAGGCAGCUCACUUUUAAAUGGGAUCCAAACGAGACGAGAGACAUCAGUCUCUUGGAAUUGAUUGGAAAGAUUUUUGCGUUGUCUCUGCAUCAUUAAUGUAGUGUUGGGUCAAGCCCGUGGAAUCCUCAGACGACAAUUCGUUGGUCGAGGGGGCCUAGCUCUUGGAAUCCUGGUAGCAGGUCCUUGAUCUGAUCAAAAGCUGAUUGCUUUACCUCAAUAAUUGUUCAAACCGGUCAUGGAUUUUGGCAGUGCCUGCCAAAUGUUCGAUGAAAUUCGUAGCCGAAAAUUUGCUGCAAGAACUUGUGCAAAAGCACCCUCAAUUUUGAAAACCUUUUGAAGGUCAAAGUUCAAGAAAUGAUCCAUCAUUGGGUCCCAGACAUCUGCAAUUGUCUUCGGGAAGGAAACCCAUUUGAGCAUGUGCUCAACAUAGUGCUCAAAACUCAAAAGAGGCAUGACCGUGCUCAAUCAGAAGAUGCAGAUGUGGCCCUACAUCGUAUAAUGUCCUCAGGAGCUUUCCGUAGUGCCCACUGCCCAGUUAUUCAGUGCAGCAUGCCUGUCCGAGUAGGAUGCUUAUGUGCCUGUACAUGUAAGUGAUGGUACAUGAUCAGUAACCAAAAAGAAAAUUGGUACGUGAUCAUGAUGAUGAAGAAAAUGGCAACUCAAUUGGCUGGAGGCUUCAGAAUAUGAUUGAAGAACAGCUCAGUGUGUUCUUUAAUCCUUUUUUUUUGGACUGGUAGCCUCUCUCUCUGCAGUAGUUCCAUAUAUAUCUCGAUAAUACUCUUAUUCUCAGCAAGAAAGUUGCACAUUUGCCUGUGAUUACCUAGAAAAGGGAUUGGACUGGGAAGUGGGAAUUAGUUGGGCAACAAUCUUGGAAAAUGCAGGGCACAGUUACCUCAUUUUGCCUCGCUGUUUUUUCUUGGUCAUGAAUGUUUCUUUGCUUAUGGCCUUUUGGGAGCAUGUCCCAGUAUAUACAUUUUGCUAGUACUCUUAUUUUUCAGCAAGUGUGAUUACUGAGAAAAGGACAGACAACGAUCUCAGAAAAUGCAGGGGAGAAUUGGCUCAUUCGGCUCUGUUUUUCCUUGGUCAGUAUGAAUAUUUCUUUAUUUAUGGCCCUUUUGGAAGUAUUUGUUAAUUCAUCCAUCCACUUGACUGCACAAUCAUACCACUGGGCUAUGAUUGAUUUCUUACCCUUAUAAUGACUGUUGAUAGACACACUAUCUAAGACUCACGCACACAGAGAUCAGAGAUGGUGAAUUAGAGAGUAAUGCAUCAAUUAUAGUAUAUCAUUAGCUCCAUUAUUUGGGUUAAUCUUAAUAAUACAUGAACAAAAAAAUCGAAAUUAAUUGCAGAUCAUACUAUAUACUGCAUUACAUAUGAAGUACAUCUCAGUGGUCCAUAAUGACUGUAGCUGCAUGGAAAUGUUCCUUCUCUUUUCCUUUUUUUCCCUCUUCUCUUUAUUGUACAUGUGGAUCCCACCCCUUCAAAAGGAAGGGCAUGGUAGUUUCUGUUCCAUAAUCAUCAAUUUUAAGCUCUAGCUGGGGCCAAAAAGUUUGACCUCUUCAUCUUUUGGAUUGGUUCUUCUAAUGGGAAUAAUUGAAUGGUAGCCUGAACUUUUGCUUUUUAAGAUUAAUAUUUUUGUGGUCCAUCGUUGAAUCAAUACAAUUCCAUGCAACUGAUGUUACAGGAGAUAGUUAAUUUAAUUCUGCGGUAUGCAUGCACUCGUGAUUUAAAUAAUCAUGGAAGAAGGAGUAUGCUUAGACUUGAGAGGGGCAUAAGACGGACCAUCUUGGAGAUAUUUAUGAUUAGUUCCUAAUAUGUUUGCAUGAGGUUCUUUCAUGCAGAUCCUUCAUGUGGACUCAAGUGUGUGCAGUCGACCUUGAGAUCUCGAGUGAGGGAUGAAUCCUUAUCUGCAGCACUUGAAAUUACUGCCUACCAAAGCAAGGUGUAGGUGCUUUAUAUCAAUCAGACUUGGGAAAUCAUGGGGAUGCAAUUAUAUAUAGAAAUCUAUGGCUGAAAUCAGAAGCCUGUGGACAAAGCAAUUAGCUCUUACACCUUUGAAUGCACGCACACUAUGACUUAUCACAGAAUUUCCUGUUUUGCCACCUUCUGCUGACCAUAGACAUCACUCACAGGUUUACAUGGUCUAUAUGGGACAGAGCCAAAACCUUGACACUGAACUGACCACAAAAUCACACCACAGGCUUCUACUCAAAGUCUUUGGAAGCGAAGAAGAUGCAAUGCAGUCCGUGCUAUACUCCUACACAUACAGUUUCUCGGGUUUUGCCGCGAAGCUUAACUCCACACAAGCAACCACCUUAGCCAAGAUGCAAGGAGUAGUGUCGGUGUUUGAAAGCAGGAUAUUGGAGUUGCACACCACCAGAAGUUGGGACUUCAUGGGUCUUACAUUGGACAAUGGCAGAGCCACACCAAUGCAGCUUGCUUUUGGUGCCGAUGUUAUUGUUGGAAUACUCGACUCAGGUAUAUGGCCGGAAUCUGAGAGUUUCCAUGAGGAACACGGGAUGGGCCCGAUCCCAUCAUCUUGGAAGGGGGAAUGCGAGGAAGGAGAAGAUUUCAACCCUGCAACUGCAUGUAAUCGCAAGCUAAUCGGGGCCCGUUAUUAUUUGACGGGCAUUGAACAGCAGCUGGGUCCUCUCACUGCCGACUCUGAGUAUCGUUCCCCCCGAGACCGGGUUGGUCAUGGAACUCACACUGCCUCGACAGCUGUUGGCUCAAUUGUGCGGAACGCGAACUUUCAUGGUAUUGGGCAGGGGACUGCCCGGGGUGGGGGCCCCAGGGCGCGGCUUGCUGUGUACAAGGUGUGUUGGAACCAGAAGGGUGUUGGGUUUUGCAGUGAGGCCGAUAUAAUGGCAGGUUUUCAUGAUGCUUUGAAGGAUGGGGUCCACAUGAUUUCGGCGUCCAUCGGGAGGGCUCCACCGUUGCCGCCCUUCUUCAAGUCACAUGCCGAUAUUGGGUCGUUUCAUGCAAUGCAGCUUGGGGUCACAGUGGUUUUCUCAGCCGGGAACGAAAACUCUGCACCUCAUCCAUCUCUGGUGCAGAAUGUCUCCCCUUGGUCCAUCUCUGUGGCUGCUUCCUCCAUUGAUCGGACUUUUCCGACUAAGAUUGUGUUGGACGGCAACCUCACUUUCAUGGGGGAGAGUUUAAUCACCUCCCAGAUAAAUGGCAUAUUGGCAGAUGCGGGCAGUUUUUUCCGAGAUAGGAUAUGCUCGCGUGAUUAUUAUAUCAAUGUAAAUGUAUCAGCUUCUGGGAAGGUAGUCUUGUGCUUCUCGAAUGUUGGAUUGGUAUCGAGCGAUACAGCUAUAGAUGCUGUCCAGAACGCCAGUGGUUUGGCUCUGAUUUUCGCUGAGCCGCUGGCCCGACAGAUUCCUGAUGUUGAUGCUGUUCCCACAGUCCAUGUUGAUCUUCAGCAGGGGACUAGGAUUAGGAACUACCUCGGCCUAGCGGGAAGGCGACCCGUAUCCAUUCAGAUCAUACCAGGCAAAGGAGUCAUUGGGAAGUCACCGGCACCUGCUGUUGCCUACUUCUCUUGCAGGGGCCCAAGCUCCCUUUCUCCUGAUAUUCUGAAGCCUGAUAUAACUGCACCCGGAGUGAACAUCUUAGCAGCGUGGCCUUCCAAUUACUCAUCAAAAAUGUGGAAUUUCCUCUCGGGAACAUCCAUGUCUUGCCCUCAUGUGGCAGGAGUGGCUGCCCUAAUCAAGUCGAUCCACCCUGACUGGUCCCCUGCCGCCAUCAGAUCCGCUCUCAUGACAACAGCAUACAUGGAGGACACUGCUUCUGAAGUCAUACUAGCAGGAGGUUCGACAAAGGCCUCGGAUCCAUUCGAUGUUGGUGCGGGCCAUUUGAACCCGAUCAAAGCAAUGGAUCCAGGCCUAGUCUAUGACAUGAAGACAAGGGACUACAUCAUCUUUCUUUGCAACAUGGGCUACACCCAGAAUCAGAUAAGCCUAAUGGUCCGGCCAGGGACCGACACCACCUGCCCACAUUACUUCACCAGCACCUCCAACUUGAAUUACCCGGCAAUCACAGUAUCCAAUCUCCAGACCACAACCGCGGUCAAGAGAACUGUCCGCAACGUUGGUAGGAACCGGAACACUUUGUACUAUCCCAAAAUCAUCAAACCCAAUGGGGUAGACGUCUAUAUAUGGCCAAAAGUUCUGGCAUUCGAGUGGUUCAAGGACGAGAUUACAUAUUACGUGACGCUCAAACCGAGGAAAAUAUCUCAGGGGAGGUAUGAUUUCGGAGAGAUUGUAUGGUCGGAUAGGUACCACAACGUCAGGAUUCCACUGGCCGUGUGCGUGAACAUCACUGAUGGUGUUAUUACGGGCUCUACCGUAUCUCACUCGGAUGCCGGUCUGCAGUCUUGAAUGCACACCUAAAUAUAUCUUUAUAUUCUACGCUAAUUUUCGAAUUUCAUGCUGUAUGGUUGUGGUUUAUUUUUGGGCGAAAGUUGAGCAACGACAUGCUCAUAUAAGAACGUUUUAAAUUUUCUUGUAUAUGGUAUUUUCCGAGUCCAAUCGUCUUGGAAAUGGAAUCUUAAAUAAGAACUUUCCUUUUCUUUUUUUGUUCA